AUGCACAUCGACGAAGAAAAUUCGAGCUUGAAGUUCUACCUACCUCGAGACAAAAACGACCAGGACUACAUGUUUUCCAGUGUCCUCCCUCGAAAGCUUCUGGAAUUGAUCAUGAGACACCCGGUCACACACAUUUCCCAGGAUACCUCGAGCGGUAGCUUGGAUGCGAUGAAGAACAUUCUGCUAGCACCGGUUUCUUUGCUGAACAGGGCUCUACAAGACAGCGGCAUAGCCCAUAUUGAUGUUGUCAACCGUGACGAAGUCAUGAUACCAUCAUCUCCCGCAGUUCCGACUGUUCAUAGGGAGAACAACGCCGGCUCAGUUGAUGAUGGAUCAAAUUUGUCGGGUUCUAGCGAAUCGCAGUCCCUCGAAUCCACAGGCUCAGGGAACCUGACCGAUUCAGAAGUCUCUGUGACUGCCGUGUCUUCCUCGCAGUGGCGUUCCAACGCUUCGCCUCCUAGACUCGUCCAGCAUGUACUGCAGACGCCUUCGCCCCGGAGAUUCCAGGAUGAAACUGCCAGCGACGCACCCUAUGUUUCCCUCUUGGACAGAGUCAUUGCCGCAGGUCGCAGAAGACGAGUCAAUGGGCUUCCAGUUUGCGGGACAUUCGACAUGAGCCAGUUGCAAGACAAUCUGCCAGCCUCUCGUCAAGACACGGAUUUCGGGUUACGCUCAGCACCUCAAAUCGAACGAGACUGCAAGAUUGGCGCAGCAGGUGAACUCUUCGUCUUUGAGCUACUGUCACACUUGUACGAAGAUAACUCCCCCUUGGCGCCGUUACCUGGAUUCUCUAGGAGUAGCUGGCAAAGCACUAUCCGCAAGUAUGUGACAGUACAUCCGGAGUACGUAGGCAUGUCGCCAUGGAGCGGCCGAGAGACCUCGGAUAUCGUAUACCAGGAUACUAGCAAUAGGUUGACGGCACUCUUCAUCGACAAGAACUACCUCCGGGAGCAACCGCGGGGUUCGACUGCUGGUGGUCUGAAGUACUUCAUCGAGGUCAAAACGACUACCGCGGCGUGCGAAACACCAUUUUACAUGAGCAAAGCUCAAUAUCAAAGAAUGAGAGAUCAAGUCAUGACAGAAAACAGCGACACAGUCUAUGUCAUUUUCAGAGUCUACAACCUAGGACAGGCAAACAUGGGUCUCAAGGUGUAUCUGGACCCGGAGACAUUGAGAAGGUCUGAGCAGUUGAAGUUCACUGCCGAAACUUGGUCUGUCAUUCCGGGUUGA